GAAAGUAAUACCUUCAAAACUUCACACUCCAGUCCAGUGGGUGGCGGUAAAACACGCUUGUUUGCCAACCACCAUUAAACCUCAGAGGAAGAAGAUUAGUUUUCAGCAUGAUCUCUGGUGUUGUGUUGUAUUGACUUUAUAUAAACUGUUAGAAAUGUACUUUUAGUAGAAAGAUACAUUUUUGAAUCAGGUCAAUAAAUACCGGUAAUAUUCCCAUCCUCAUAGACGUGACUAAAGUUUGAAGCGAGCAGGAAUAUCUGGAGGAGUAUCAACUGAACUGAGAUCUGCUGCUGUGAAGAUGGUGUUUGUUAAAGAGGAGAGUGAGGAGGACAUGAGUGAACCAGAACCCUGGAGAAUAAAACACGAGGAACAAGGAGGCCUGGUGAAAGUGAAAGAGGAAAGAGAAGAUCUGAAUGAAGUGGAGGAGAAAUAUCAGCUUCAGAAAGCUCAUGAUUUCACCGUUGGAGAAAAACCAUUAAGUUCUUCCAAAACUGAAAACAGUUGCUCACAAAGCAGCAUUCAAAUAACAGAAGUCAAAAAGCUAUUCACCUGUUCUCAGUGUGAAAAUACUUUCACACGUAAAGGAAGCCUUUUGAAUCACAUGUUAAUUCAUACUGGAAAAAGGCCUUUCACCUGCUCUCAGUGUGGAAACACUUUCACACGUAAGGACAGCCUUAAGAAUCACAUGUUAAUUCAUACUGGAAAAAAGCCUUUCACCUGUUCUCAGUGUGGAAAAACUUUUUCACGUAAAGGAGUCCUUAGGAAUCACAUGAGAAUGCACACUGGAAUAAAGCCUUUCACCUGCUCUCAGUGUGGAAACACUUUCAGACGUAAAGAAAACCUUAAGAAGCACAUGUUAAUUCAUACUGGAAAAAAGCCUUUCACCUGCUCUCAGUGUGGAAACACCUUCACACGUAAAGAAAGCCUUAUGAAUCACAUGUUAAUUCAUACUGGAAAAAAGCCUUUCGCCUGCUUUCAGUGUGGAAACUCUUUUGCACGUAAAGGAAUCCUAAAGAAUCACAUGAAAAUUCACACUGGAUUAAAGCCUUUUACCUGCUCUCAUUGUGGAAAGUGUUUUACACAGAAAAGACAACUUAAUGAGCAUGUGCUAAUUCACACUUCAGAAAAGCCUUUCAGCUGCCCUCAGUGUGAAAAGACUUUCACACGUAAAGGAUACCUUGAGAAUCACAUGUUAACUCAUGCUGGAAUAAAGCCUUUCAGCUGCUCUCAGUGUGGAAAGAGUUUUACACAGAAAAGACAACUUAAUGAUCAUUUGCUAAUUCACACUUCAGAAAAGUCUUUUGCCUGCUCUCAGUGUGGAAACACUUUCACAUGUAAAGGAAGCCUUAAGAGUCACAUGUUAAUUCACACCGGAAUAAAACCCUUUGUCUGCUCCCAAUGUGGCAAGGGUUUUACACAGAAAGGACACCUUAAGGAUCAUUUGGUAAUUCACGCUUCAGAAAAGCCUUUUACCUGCCCUCAGUGUGGAAACUCUUUCACACGGAAAGGAAGCCUGAAGAAUCACAUGUUAAUUCAUGCUGGAGUAAAGCCUUAUUCCUGUUCUCACUGUGGAAAGAGUUUUAGAUGUAAAGGACACCUUAAGGAUCAUUUGGUAAAACACACUUCAGAAAAGCCUUUCACCUGCCCUCAGUGUGGAAACACUUUCACACGUAAAGAAAGCCUUGAGAAUCACAUGUUAAUUCAUGCUGGGAAAAAGCCUUUCAGCUGCUCUCAUUGUGGAAAGAGUUUCACCUGUAUACAAGGAUUUAAUAGUCACAUGAGAAUUCACACUGAAGAGAUGCGUUACACGUGUCAUCUGUGUGAGAAGAGAUUUAAAUGGAACACGAGUCUCAGAGCUCAUCUUCGCCAUUCUCACCCUGCAGUAAUGCAGUUUAAAGGAGCAGUAAGCGAUUUCGGAGGAACACUGUUGAAAGUGGAUCAGACCGAGCAGCACAACACACUUGUAGCCAAUCAGCAGUAGGGGGCAUGUCCACUCAUGAUGGGGGAGGACAGAGAAGGUGUGAUCCAUUUGACCAUAAGUGGACUGCAAAGUGGACUUUGCAGGGUAUUUUGCCAUCUUAAGUGUGAUUCCAGUCGGUAGGGAGCGAACAUGUUCAGUUCGAAGGGCACUUACGAAUGCGUUUUAAGUAUUCAUAAAUUUUGUUAUUAUACAAACUAAAGUAUUUAUGAAUUGUUAUGGUGAAAAGUUACAUUUGCAUAUUCUCUUGUAUGAAUAGGCAUGAUAAAAUAAAAGUGUUGAGAAGCA